GGACGCAACAUCAACGUCUUCGUUGGUGCUUUUUAAAAAUCGUCCAAAAUAUUCGAUUAAUUGUACGCGGUUACCGACCUCAAUGUUGCCAAUCGUCGAGUGACAAAUUCGCUCGUGUGCAGUUUCUCGGCUCUGCUGGCCCCUGCUGCUGUCUUUGCGCAGUGUCCGUUUGUGGCGUAGUCUCUCGGCUCGGCUAUCCCGACAAUAAUAAACGUCGUCGCAUCAUACGUCGUGUCGAAUAAUGGCGGGAAUUCUGCGAUGUAGCGGCAAUUGGAACGUCAACGCCAUCAUUUCGGUGCUCAUCGUGGCGCCCGGCGACCUGUGCGAUCUGAUCUACGAGCAGCUGCGUGCGUCGGUGAAGGAGCGUGGCUACCGCAUCACGAUCCACAAGUCCGAGAGCAUCGAUGACAUUCUGCACUUCAAGCCCAAUCUCCAGGUGGACUUUGUCGUAUUCGCGUUCAACGGCCGUAUCGCUCAUCAGAUACACGAGGUAGAGAGGAACAUCGGCCUGUUGGAUGAAUUUUUCAUCAUUUCUGGACGCGUGUGCCUUGUGAAUUGCAUCGGCGGCAGCAACGGCACGGACUUGAACUGUCACGCGGCCCAAAAAGUACGCGAGAAGUAUUGUGUGCGGCUCUUCUCUGCCGAUGUGCAUAAAAAAGAAGGCCUUGAAUCGAUUGGUAGCAGGGUUUUGUGCUUGGCUGAAGCAUUAAUGGGAGUACACAGUGGAAUUGUGGACUUGAACGUGUUGACCUCUUUGUAAACUAUUAAUUGGUGAAGCUCUCAAUA